AUGAAACGACUUGAAGGUCGCCUUCGAUUUGAGAUGCUGGCGAUUAACUGCGCUUUAAUUGUAGCGCUCAUGCACAGCGGGACAGGUGAGUGUCCAUCACUUUGAAUGAAUUUGAUAUGAUGGGAUGCACCAAUAGGCUAGGCAUAAUAUAGGCUAUAUCUGGAAUUCAUCACCCAUGCAUAUUUAAUGACUCUUAUGAAUAAUAGCCUAAUAUAUUAAUUCCCCAUAUUAGGUUAGAUUUAUGUCCGUCAUAAUAAUGCCUGUUGGUUUCGCCUUUAUUUGGCGCUAGUGUAACGCAGUGGAUUAUAGGAAUGUAUCAUAAUAAAUUCCAUUGUGGGAUGAAUUGUGAACACAGUGCCACCGUGCCUCCAGCUGGCGGUUCCGUUAUCUGCCUUGUUAUCUUUACAGUUAUGACUGGAAAAUAUCGAAACUCGUUCUUGAUAACUCUGAUAGCGCAGUAGCCUAUCGCCUGAUUUACUCUGAUAUUAUUGGGUUACCUUGGAAGAUGCAACCUGAGAUACACGCGUGCACAUCGCUCCCUUUCCUGCCCGACACUAUGAGUGCAUUGACACUCUCCCAUGGGAAAAUAGCCAAUAUGCAGUUAUGAGAUCACUUAUUUUAUAUUUAUUCUGCAUUAACUCUCUUCAUCCACCCAUAUUCAGCCUCCAGGUGUGUAGACCUUGCAUGCAGUCCUCCCAUGGGCAACCUGGCCAGUGGUAGGACCCUCACAACCCUCUCAGGCUGCUGUGGGAAUGGGUCCCACCACUCCCCAUGCCCCACUCCCCUCCACACCUGUCCAGAUCAUCUCCACCCGCCUGUCCACAUGGUGGAUGAUCCCUUCCUGCACCCAGACACCUGGUGGGCCUCGGGCAUGGGCACUGACCAAGAGGAGGAGGUCCGUCUGGACCUGGAGACCCGUUUCUGUCUGACCCACGUGGUGCUGCUGUUCCACUCACCCAGGCCCGCUGCCAUGGCCAUGGAGCGCUCCCAGGACUUCGGCCGGACGUGGGAGACACUCAAGCUGUUUGCACAGAACUGCAGUCUGGCAUUUGGUCUUCCUGAUGACACCAGUCAGCCUGGCUCGCUGUGUACGUCCCGGUACUCCAGUGCCAAGCCGUGCAGCAGGGGAGAGGUAAGGGGACAGAGUGUCUCAUGCACUUUGUGGGGUAACAUAAAAGCAGAGUUUUAGAAGCACAGUAGACAUACAGUAUAUAGUAGACCCUUAUGUUUCUCACAGGUGAUAUUUCGGACUCUGGGUCCUGGUGGAUUAGUUGACCCCUACAGUCCAGAGGGCCUUUCCCAGCUGACCCUCACCAACCUCCGCCUCAGACUUCUCAAGGCUCAGACCUGCCCAUUAUCUGUGGCACCUUCCACCACUUCUUCCUCUAUGGGACUCUCCAAACCUCCUGCGGACCUGAAUCUCCCCCUUCUCCCUUCCACUUCCCCCCAGCCCAGCUCAGAGGCCCCUGCCUCAGCUCCGUUUUCCAUUUACACUCUCCUGGCUAGAGGGACCUGUCUCUGUCAUGGCCAUGCAGAACACUGCUUAACCCACAGAGGCGGACAGGACACACUGAAGGACAUGGUGAGUGUGGCCUGCUCAACCUGUGUGUGUGUGUGUGUGUGUGUGUGUGUGUGUGUGUGUGUGUGUGUGCUUUAAAAACCCUGAAGUAGUAGUAUGUUGGUCCUUUAUAUUUGUGUUAAAUAGCCCUGAUGUUUAUUGCAGGUGCCUGGCAGGUGUGUGUGCACUCACCACACAGUAGGAGAACACUGUGAGAGGUGUGGCCCACUCUACAAUGACCGGUCCUGGAAGCCAGCCAACGGCAGCAGUGGGGAGCCACACCCGUGCCAUAGUGAGUGCCCUACUAAGAGGGGCCAGGCCCUGUUGAGUUGCCAACUCAAAUCAAGCUCAUGUUGAGAGAUUAUAGAAAUACUUGUUUACAUUUCAGUUAUUAAGUUUCAUUCAAACAUUAACAAAAUCUCCUGGAAAAGUUGUAGAACUUGCAGGGAGGUUAAGACUCCAAGCCAAACCGGGAGUGUUGGCAACCCUACCGUUGGGUGUCAUCUCAUAAUCUAUCCUCUCGCCCAUCCCGUUGUUGUUGUCUCCCUGUGCUCCAGAGUGUGAGUGUCACGGCCAUGCAGAGAGCUGUCAUUUCUCCCAGAGGGCGUGGCUGUCCUCGGGGGGCACCAGUGGGGGCGUCUGUGAUGACUGUCAACACAAUACAGCUGGGCGCAGGUGCCAGCGCUGUCGCCACGGUUACCACCGCCAACCAGCCAUACCCCUCAACUCCCCCCAUGUCUGCACACGUAAGUCAGGACAAACUAUAGACAAGUGAAAGUUAUAAAGAAUAACGUAUGAUGAUACAUUUAAUCUGUUGUACAUUCAUUAUUGUUCCACAUGGCAGUUAAUUCCAGUUAUACAUCAUGUAUAACACUGCUUGAAACUGAAAACAUGUAUAUUAAAACAUCUAUUGUCUCCCUCUACUGGUAUGGAUUUGUAACAGCAUGUGGGGAUAGAGCGAGAGAAGACAAGGGAGAGAGGAUGUGUGUGUUCUUGAUAAGUCUAUGUGUCUCUGUUUAUCUCUCUCUCUCUUCCUCUUUCACAGGUUGUUGGUGUGACCCACUGGGUUCAUUACCAGCCAGCUCUGGGGAGGAGGGCCCAUGGUGCCACCCCAGGAGUGGACAGUGCCACUGCAGACCUGGUGUGGGGGGAACAGGCUGCAGCCACUGCCUCCCAGGGUACUGGGGCUUUGGGGGACAGGGGUGCAAACCCUGUGCUUGUCCCCAAAACUGUGACCCCCACACUGGGCUCUGCCUGGACAGGUAAGCCCUAAGCCUAUUUCUCUCUACUAAAUCCAACACUUCAUAUGUGGCUUUCUUUCCUAUUUUUCAGUUUCACUCUACAAUGACAUCUUACCUCUGUGUUCUCGUUGUCACUUCAUCAGCUAUGCAAAUAACCAGGUUUUAAAUGUCCCUAUGGGGGGCAAGAUUCCUGACAUGGACCAUGCCUUGACCAAUGAGGGCGAGACAGUGUGGUCAAAGCAACUGGCAGUCUCUGCCAUGCACUACACAGGUGAAUGAUGAUGCACACUAGCAUUAGAGUUAUGCACCACACACUACUUAAUGCUUGCCGUCAUGGGUUUGAGUAAACAUAUUAAUGUGCUGCUGACACUGUCUAUGGCUCUUUCCAGGGAAAUGCAGCUGUAAGGAGAGAAAGUUGAGGAGUGUCUCAGAUCUCUGCAAGACCAAAUAUGCCUAUGGUAAACUAUUUCCCAAGGUUCUCACAUACUGUACACAUCCUACAUUACUUUAAUGUACCUCUCACUUUUUCAGUGAUGUAUAUGUCUCCGUGUGUUUGUGGCAGUGAUCAAAGCCAGUGUGUUGUCGGCUUAUGACAAGGGGAGCUACGCAGAGGUACAAGUCAAAGUUCGCAAGGUCCUGCGGUCAGGACAGGUGCCCCUCUCCCAGGGCACCCACAGUCUCUACCCCCUAUCCUGGACUAGCCGGGGGUGCACCUGCCCCAUCCUUAAUCCAGGUAGCCCAACAUAUACACUGAACAGAGUAUUGUGCGACUAUAUUCAGUAUGUUCUAAAUAUCGUCCUUAUUUUUCCACAAGGUUGGUAGCUACUCUGUUAACUCUGAUAUAUGUUCUUCUAAACAAGAUUGAUGCUGAACUCUCUCCUCUCCCUCUUCUUCCAGGUGUGGAGUACCUGCUGGCGGGUCAAGAGGAGGCAGGGACGGAGCGGCUGCUGGUCACCAUGCAGAGUGUGGUGGUUCCCUGGACCCCCCAACUGGGGGCCCACAUAUCAGAGGGCCUAAGACAGGGCUGCCCCGAACACCCUCUCCAAACCCAUAACAGAUCAAUUUGAAUGGAAAUGGACCAAGGGAAUCACUGGUUCAAUAGAUCAUUCAGGAAAGGGACUUAAACUCAAUGGACAAGUCUUUGCCAAGUGUCUUGACCAAGGACUUCUAUGGAAGAUCUUGCCCAUAUAAGACUACAACCCUGCCAUACGAUACAAAGUGGAUGGACUGGAAUCUUCUGAGCCAAUCUUAUUAAGAUGAUUUAACUAGACAGAAAAAAGCAUCCUUCUGGAAUCCAAUGAAUGUUUGGGUGGUUAUGGGUGGUCGUAUUUGAGACCUUUUCUGCAAGCCAGUGUGAACUAUUGGACACAACAAACCCUGGUAUACAAGCUUUACAGACUUUGUAUGUCAAAAGCCAUGCCUUUUAUAAAUGAUAAAAACAUCAAAAUGAUGCUAGGUUCUGUCUCAAUACAUUACAUUCCAGUGCGGUCUCUGCUUUUAGUGUACUAUAUAUUUCUCAGAAUCCAAUUCCAAUCAUUUAUUUUUCAUUUGAAAUGUUCCAAUUAAAAUGCAAAAAAUACA